AUGACGCGGAAUCUUCCUAAUAUUCUCAUGCAUCCCUUCAAGGCGUUUCGCCAGUCGCCCUGGGCAUUUUCGUCCGCCCUUCCAUCCCGAAUCGACCCGUCCUUGCUGAUUGAAGAGGAGAACUCUCCCUACUACGAACCAGCCUAUUUUUAUCCGGCGCAGAUCGGCGAAAUACUUAAUGACCGGUAUCAAAUUGCGACCAAGCUUGGCCACGGAAGCAGAUCGAGUGUGUGGCUUGCAAGGGACCUUCACCAGUGGCGCUGGUCGAACGAGCGAUAUGUGGCUCUUAAAAUUAACUCCAAUAAUUCCCACGCACGGAAAACUGCUGGUGGCGUUGAGCUGGAGGUUCUGCGACAUAUAACGAGAGCGAACCCUCAACAUGAGGGUUGGCGUUUCGUUCGAAAAUUACUUGACUCGUUUUCUGUCCAGGGAAUGUCAGGGAGUCAUGUAUGUCUCGUCUUCGAACCUUUACGUGAGUCACUGGGAAAAUAUUGCCAACGAUGGCAAGAUCGCGUGAUGCCACCGGAGAUUUUCAAAAUAAUCCUCCAAGAAAUACUCCAAGCGCUUGAUUAUCUCCACACUGAAUGUCAUAUCAUUCAUACCGAUCUAAAGCCGGAUAACAUCAUGGUACGACUGGAAGAUCGUGAGCUCUUAUCCCAGAAUGCUCGAGAUGAGUUUGAAAACCCGCUACCUCAGAAGCAUUGCAACGAUGGACGCAUCAUCUAUCUAUCCCGUAAGGACUAUGGACCGCUAAAGGACAUCAUCGGACUGAUUGAAGUCGUCGACUUUGACCUAGCAGUCCAAGGUGAUAUUCUUCAGGAUGGCUGUAUCCAGGCGGAGGUAUAUCGUGCGCCAGAGGUCAUCCUUGACAGAGGGUACACGUAUAGUGCUGAUAUAUGGAGUCUGGGAGUUAUGCUAUGGGAUUUUCUAGAAGGACGGACACUGUUUGAAUCAGUUGAUCCACGCACCGUUGAAGUCUAUGAUGACGAGACGCAUCUUUUGUAUAUAACGUCGCUUUUGGGUCCUGCCCCUAAAGACUUUGUUCGCCGCGGCAAGAGGACAUCGAUGUUCUAUACGGCUGCUGGAACACUCAAAAAGGAAGACCUUGUCCCUAGUAACUUUAGUUUUGAAAGCACCAUCUCCAAGUUUGAUGGGGAAGAAAAGAGGAUGUUUAUUAGCUUCGUCAACCGGAUGAUCAAAUGGAACCCCGAAGAGCGAAGUACGGCGAAGGAGCUACUACAGGAUCCAUGGCUUCAUAACGAUUAUCCGCAAAUAUGA